AUGGAGGGCGAGGCGAACGUCCAGGGGGGAUGCCCCCAAGGGGACGGCCACGAUCCGCAGUAUAGCCCGCAGCAUAGCCCGCAGUAUAGCCCGCAGAAUGACUCGACGCAAGACGCGCAGAAUGACCCGCAGAAUGACCCGCAGAAUGACCCGCACCAUAACCCGAAGCAGGUCGACCAGCGAGGGGAGCGAAAGCUGAAGUUCCUGAUCGAAGGAAAAAUGGUGGAGACGAAAAACGCAGUGGAUUUCAUAAAGCCCCUGAAGGAUGACAUAAAGGCAUUGGACUUCCUCCUCUUUGACAUGCUCAAGGAUAACCUCCCUAACAAGUUAUUCGAGACCUUAUGCACCAUUCACGACUUAUCAGAAAAGUACAGCGAAAAUCAAACACACGAAAAUUUUAACUCCUUAAAAAAUUCCAUAUAUAAAUUAGAUGACGAGUAUCUAGGCACCAUUGUGAAUGCAUUUGGCCACAUGUGUAUUUUGUCUAACUUUGCAGAGUGGGCUCAUAGAGGAAGGAGGAGAAAGGCAUUCGACAUGUCCUUCACCCCGAAUGAAAGAAUAUAUGGAUCUGUGUAUGAGACACUAAAGGGAACGUUCCACAUGCUGAUCAAAAGCGGCUUCGACAUUAACGAAAUUUAUGAGCAGUUGUGUAACCAGACAAUAGACUUUGUAUUGACAACCCAUCCAACACAAGCCAUUCGGACUUCACUCCUGAAGAACUACACACAGCUAGCCGAACUGUUACUAAAGCUAGAUAACACAGACAAAGAAUUGUACAAGAAAAAAAUUUUGUAUGAUAAUUUAAAAACAUACUUGCUAGCUGCAUGGAAGACAGAUGUCAUCCGAAGGAUUAAACCUACUCCCAUAGAUGAAGCCAUUUCGCUAGUCGACAUAGUAGAGAAUUGCAUCUUUUAUAGAAUCCCUAACAUUAUAAGAUAUAUAGAUAACGUAUUUUACGAAUAUAAUUUACCACCAGUCAAAAUGGAUUCUAAAAUUUGUCUGUUCUCAUCAUGGGCAGGAGGAGAUAGAGAUGGGAAUCCAUUUGUUCUACCCGAAACUACGAGAUACGUUUGCUACAUGAAUAAAAUAAGGGGAUGUGAGUUAUUCAUUCCGAUGGUAGAAAAACUGAUCAGAGAUCUAACUCUCCACCAUUGCACUCAACAUUUUAAAACGUAUGUAAAACUACUCGAAGAUGAUGUUUCUCAAUAUAUUUUUGACAAAGACAGGAAAUACCUAUCGCAGAAGUUCUACUGGUUUUCUCCAUUCUCUAAGUCUAACAAAAGAGAAAUAUAUAGGAGAGCUCUUUUAGUCGUUUGGGCUAAGCUUAAAAGUACCGUACAAGUAUGCAAGUCUCUCAUUUCACACCAACCAGUGGACACAAAUUUUGAAAAGUUGAUGUUUAACAGUUCUGAAGAGUUUGAAGAAAUCCUUAUGGAAUGCUACAAGAGUCUGUCUGAGUCUGGAAAUGCUCUCAUUGCUGAGGGGUAUCUAAAAGAUGUCCUUCGAAAUGUCAAAAUAUUUGGCCUCCAUCUGAUGAAGCUAGAUAUUAGACAAGAAUCGGAGAAACACAUUCAAGCUAUGGAUUACAUAUGUGAGAAACUACAAACUGGAAAAUACUCCCUCCUCUCUGAGGAAGAAAAAAUCGAUUUUCUUACAAAUAUUCUUCAAUCUAAUAGACCAUUAAUACCGAACAAUAUAGAACAGGAGGAAGACGUCCCUAGCGACUUCCUAAACGUGAUAAAAACAUUUGAUGUUUGUUCUCAAAUUGAGGAGAGUGCACUAGGGGCAUAUAUCGUUUCCAUGUGUAACAAUGCAUCGGACAUAUUACUAGUAGAGGUGUUUCAAAAGGAAUUAAAAAAAAGUGCACAAAGAAAAACACAAAGAGUUGUUCCUCUGUUGGAAACGAUUCAAUCUUUGCAGAUGUCUUGUACCAUUUUAGAAAAUUUAAUUAAGAACCCAUGGUAUAGAACCCAUUUGAGAACCCACUUUGACAACAAGCAGGAAAUUAUGAUUGGCUAUUCCGAUUCGGGGAAAGAUGGAGGUAGAUUCACAUCUGCUUGGGAAUUAUUCAAAGCACAAGAGAAACUUGUAUAUAUAGGAAAGCAGUACUCUGUGGAGGUCCGCUUUUUUCAUGGUAGAGGAGGUAGUGUCAGUAGAGGAGGAGGACCACAACAUCUAGCCAUUCUUUCACAACCAAUCAAUACGAUAAAAAACUAUCUUAGGGUAACCAUACAGGGAGAGGUCAUCACACAGGAUUUCUGUCUAAAGGGAAUGAUGCUACGCUCGAUAGAAACUUACAUCAGCGCACUCCUAAAAUGCUCCCUCUUAAAAAAUACAGUUUUGGUGAAAGACGAAUGGAGAGUACUUAUGGAUGAAAUGAGUCAACUAACCACAAAAGAGUACAGACACGUGGUGUAUGAAAAUAAAGACUUUGUGAAUUACUUCAGAUGUGCAACUCCACAGAUAGAAAUAGGGAAGCUCAAUUUGGGAUCAAGACCAUCGAAGAGAAAACAAGGAAAUGUAGAAUCGCUGAGAGCAAUUCCAUGGGUUUUCUCCUGGACACAAAAUCGAAUGCAUCUACCUGUGUGGCUUGGCAUAGAAAAAUUGUAUGACUAUCUCAUAGCAAAGGGUAAAUUAUCUCUCAUGCAGGAUAUGUACAGAAACUGGCCCUUCUGCACGAGCUUCUUCAACCUGAUCAGUAUGGUGAUGGCUAAGGCGAGCUUGCAAAUAACCGAGGAGUAUGACAUUCUGGUCCCCGAGGAGCUGAAGUAUAUUGGUACCAUGCUGAGGGAGAAACUGAAGAAGGCCAUGGAACUCACUGCGCUCGUUACGAAUGAGAAGACCUUCUGUGAUAACGACUUGCUGACGAAGCGUUCCAUCGAGAGCAGGACCAAAUGGGUGGCUGUCUGCAACUUGAUUCAGAUUCAGGCGCUUAAGCGACUGCGGGAGAGGGAGCGCGAGUGGGAGCUGGCCCAGGAGAGGGCCCAGGCACAGGAGAGGGCCCAAGCACAGGAGAAGGGGCACCCAAACGAUGAAAACCACAAAUUAAGCAAUUCAUCGGCGAAGGAUGAGCUGGAUAGCCAGUAUGGAGGUCCCGUCAGCCGGAUCAGCAGCAAGCGCAUUCACUCAUACUUGAGCAGGAAAAAAAGCAAAUUAAUUAAAAACCCAAAGUUCCAUCCCCUCCUCGAGUCAUACUCCUCCGCCUACCUACAAAGUGAGGGAGAAAAUGACUUUUUUUUUGACGAUAUACGGGACAUGGGUCUGUCCUAUGGGAGGCCCUCCUCCAAAGCGAACGACUGCACCUAUGACGAGGUGACGAAGACCUACAUUGAUUACACCUCCCUGAAUGAUGCCCUCAUAGUCUCUAUCAAGGCGAUAGCCGCGGGCAUGCAGAACACGGGCUAG